AUGCAAAAUCGAAAACCAAUCUCGUUGGAGGAUGUGGAAAAGGCUGCUGAGCUAGUCAAGUCCCACAUCCACAGAACGCCUUUGCUGCGACUGUCAACCGCGAUCGUCGAUAUGAUUCGCGAAGUUGCAGCCGCAGCACAUCCGUCUCAAGAAAGUCCUGCGUUGGAUAUUCGACUGAAAUGUGAAAAUUUUCAACGCGUUGGGGCGUUCAAGUUCCGUGGCGCUACGAAUGCUGUGAGUGGAACAUUAUCGACCAAUCCAGAUGUUAAAAUCGUUGCCACCCACAGCAGCGGGAAUCAUGGAGCAGCUUUAGCCCUUGCGGCAAAGCUUUCUGGAAUCCAAUCUCUCAUCAUCGUUCCAGAUACAGCUCCACCUAACAAGGUUGAAGCGAUACGUGGAUACAACGGAAACGUCGUUUUCUCAAAGCCAGCCGAAAGGGAAGAAACUCUAGCGCGAGUCGUUGCUGAGAAACAAACUCUAUUGGGUCAACAGGCUGUCGAGGUGAUUCCACCGUUCAAUCAUCCGCUCGUUAUGGCUGGACAAGGAACUCUCGCAUUAGAAGUGCUCGAAGUACGAGUUGUAUCAUCUUUCGACACAAAUGUAGAAAUCUCUCCAUUUUAG